AUGAGUGUUAAAAACUACUCAAAUCUACGUCGUCCUACCUGUAGACGAUUAAUUUGGAUUCAAUUUUCUCAAAUUUUAACUUUUUUUAUACCCAACUUUAUACUAACGUAUGUAGGAAGAUUGAAGACGACCGUAUCUCGUAAAUUAUGGCGUGAAAAGAUAGCAUUCUUAUUUUUAUAUUUGAUUUUGGCUGCCUUUUUUUGCUUCUCGCUAGAGUUUUUAUCUAGUUAUUUUUGUGAUCCAGAAAAAACGUUUGAAUAUGAAGAAGUAUUCAGAAAUGAAUCAAAAAUGUCUGCAAUUCAUGGGAAAGUAAUUGAUUGGAGACAUAUAAAUGUAAAUAGCUCUAUAGUCAACUGGGUAAAUAAAUAUCCUCACCAUGAUUUAUCAGCCAAUUUUCCCAGAUUUAUGAUGUUAAGUCGCUCAUCUACUGAAGAUCAAUAUCAGGAUAAUAUAAUAAAUGAGUGUAUUUAUUAUCAAAAUAAAAGCAUAGAAGCUGAUGCUUGGCUAGACCAUCUAUUAUUAACCAAUCCAGGUUAUAAAUAUGAUAAGUCUAAAAAAGACCAUUUAUCUUUGUGUCCACUUCCAAAUCAAUACAAUGUUACUGGAGCUCCUUGCUUUUAUGGCCCAGAGCAUAAUACUCAUAUGAGUAUAUUACCUAUCAAAGGAGAUAUUCAAUAUGAUCCGGACGAUGUUGCAAAACUAUAUGAUGCAUUACCAUCUGCAGAUAAUUCAACAAGACAAGCCUACGUUAUUUUAGAUGGUUAUGUGCUUGAUGUUACGACUUACCUUAGCGGCGUAACAAAUAUUAUUCCACUUUCGUCUGCACAUAGCUCACGUUCAUUUGCGCUUAAUCGCAUGUUUUUACCAUUAGAUUUAACUAUAUUUUUAUAUAUUAACCUCGGAAAAGAUAUUACAAAUUACUUUGAAGGAAAUGUAACAGAAAACCCUUCUCUUUAUCGAAACUGCCUUAUCUAUUUAUUCCGAAAGGGUAUUACCCCCUCCUAUAUCUCAUCUGAUUGUCGACGCAUUAAUCCUGCUCUUUGGGCUACUAUGGGUGUUGGUUUCGUCUAUUUUCUAACUAAAAUGAGUCUUGUCUACCUCUCUCGUGUUUCCUUCUUACAAAAAUCUUGGCUCUGCCCCCCUUUUUCCUCCUCUGCACCUGCGUCGUAUUCUACUAAAGUUCCCUCUUCAUUCCAUCCAUCUCAGUGGCCACAUACGAUCCUCAUGAUCCCCUGUUUUGCAGAACCUGCAGACACUUUAAAGCAAACAUUGGAUUCAUUAUCUCGUUCAACCUAUGAUGAUUCAAGGAAACUUUUAUUGUUUGUAUGCGAUGGUGUUAUUAAAGAUAAAACAGAACAACGAGAGACGCAUACGUUAUUAUUAGAAUAUCUCGGCUACAGUCGUACAGAAGAGCCGCAAUUACGAGCCUAUCAUUCUUUAGGACAGCAUCAUAAACGUAUUAAUUAUGCUCGUGUCUAUUCUGGGUUUUACGAAACUGGGCGCUAUAGGGUACCCUAUCUUGUUAUCGUCAAAGUAGGUCAGCCUAAAGAAGAGUUGGAUUAUUACGAAAGUCAUCUGAUGACUGCACCUCCUGGAAAUCGGGGGAAACGAGAUUCAGUUGUAUUCGUAUUCGGUUUUCUUGAACGUUGUAUGAAUUUAGCCAGCAAUCGAAUCACUCCCUUGGAAUAUGAAAUCUUUAAUCAAUGUUAUAAUGUAUUGGGUAUUGAUCCAAGGUGCUUCAAAUAUAUCAUGGUUACAGAUGCAAAUAUACAAGUACAAAAUGAUGUUGUGCAAAAAUUAGUAUUGCGCCUAGAGCAGGAUCAGAGAAUGCUUGCUGUAAGUGGUCAUGUACGUCCUGCAAACCCAGAAGAAAAUCUGACGACGAUGCUUCAAGUCUUCCCUUUAUAUAUAUCCUUUUAUUCUGUUUUAUCCUUUGAAGCAUGUUUAAAAAGUGUCAUGACCAUCAAUGGAGGUCUUGUCAUGUAUAAAAUUUGGACAGAGAAUACAACUCAACAACAUGAAAGGCCGUCUUCCUUUCAGAAAUGGGAAAACUUACAGGAGGGGCCCACUAUUGAUUUGCCUAAAUUGAGUGAUGAUAUUAUAGUGACAAAUCCAUUUCAGGAUCCUGUUGUUCGUAGAAAGCCCUCUGGCGAGAGUACGACUACUAUGACAACCUCAACCACAACAGCAACUACUACUACUACUACUACAAAUAAUCGUCAAACAAGUAUAGAAUCUAUAUUUUCAGAAAGAAAAAAUCAACAUGAACCAGCAUUAGCAAACUCAGAAUCACGUUUAUCUCUUCCUACACGUACUACUACUAAUAUUCGACUUUGUUGUGUGCAUCCAACUGUUUUAAGAGGAAUUUCUAUACCUCAAGCUGACACCAUGCAUAUGCAAAAUGUCUUACUUCAAGGCGAAGAUAAAUUAUUAUCGAUUGUACUUUUAAAAUCUAAUCCAAAUCACCGACUUGGUUUUGAACCAGAUGCUAUUGGAUAUGCAACGUUACCUACCCAUUUCUUUUCCUUACAGGAGCUUCAAAUUCGUAGCAUCCGUGCUAAAUUCCAUACACAACUUGAAAUGCAACGUGUAUCUUGGCAAUUAGGUUAUACUUAUUGGAUACUGUCAACCAUUGAGUUGCUUGACAUGAUGUUCUCUAUGCCGAUUAUUUGCUAUCUGUAUAGUAUACUUGGGCGUUCAGUCAAGCAAUAUGGUAUGGCCUAUAUGAUUAUCACCUGCUCUUUUACAGCUCUCAUUGCACUUCACAUCUUGUUCUUUCUAUUAAGAAGACAGUAUAGAUAUAUCUUUUGGUUUAUUCUCUAUUGUGUACUCUCAUUGCCAUUGUUUAAUGUCUGGUUUCCAGUACUAGCUAUCUGGAAAAGUAAUGAUGCACAUCAUUGGUAUAAUAUCUGGCCAACCAUGACGGGUGGUCGUACACGUUUACAUGGUAUCAUAGAUCCUAAUCAUGACUGUAUUUCAAAGAAAGAAAUCCAUAGUAGUGUAAGGAAAAAUCUAUCGAAAGAACUCGUCAAUCAAACUUUACAACGAGCUCAACGUAAUGAUGAAGAUGAUUUUAAUUCUACUAUUGAUCAUGUCGACACUAUUUCUUCAGUUCCAAGAUUAAUGUUAGCUGAUUAUGAAACAGCAGAGAUAAGACGAUUACAUUUAGCUGCAGAGGCAGCCUUGGACUCCAACUUUGUCGGCUUUACUGGGUUUACUGAUGACGAUCAUCAUAUGCUGCUGCCCUCUCCUACUAGAGUUCCUCCUUAUUAUGAGACUGACAGAUACAUGACUAUUACAACACCACCACCUAUGGUUCAAUUAAGAGAUGGUGUUCAUUCUACUCGAAUAAUUCCUAAUUAUAAACCAUCUAGUACAGAUUUAUAUUAUAAUUCACCGACUCUAUGGAAAAAGAUGAAUCAUUCAUAUCCUAAUAGUAAAGAUGAUGACUUGAUGGAGUCCUCGAUUAUGAGCCAUCAUCACUAUAAUAAUAAAGACAGCACUAUCUAUCUUUCUGAUAAUAACCACCCCUACUACCACUAUCCACUUCUUUAUAAGGGACAAGCUGAAUAUAUAGGCGAAAAACAACAUCAACAACAACACCAUAAAACAAGUUAUUCUGAAUCUUCUCAUUUUACAUACGCGAGUGUGCUUACGAAUGGUAAUAUCAACCUCAGUUCUCCUAAUGAUAGGAUCGAUGAUUCUACUUUACCAAGUAAUAAUGGAUUUAUAAAAAAUUCCGUCUAUUUAACAGAUAGUCAACAAGAUAACAAUAGAAUAGAAUUGUUAAAAUCUAAUAGACUAUCCUUUUUAGAACCGAUUUUAAUAGAUGAGCAGCAGCAGCAACAACAACAAAAGCAGCAUAUUAGAGAUGAGCUGCUGCAGGACCGUUCAUCUAUCUUAUCAAUUUCAUCUAAUACAUUUUCUAUUCAUACAUAUGAAAGUUCAUAUCACCCACAAGCACGAUCAACUCACUUGCCUCGUCAUCGAAUAAUAGCAUUGAAUAAUAAUAAUAGUCAAAUUUUGGAAGAAGGACAAUCAAUGAUACAAGUUAAAAAAGAAAAAGAAAGAGAAGAUGGAGAAGGGCACUAUGAAGGUAGAUCCAGGGCUAUACAUAAAAUUCAAAAUUUACAGCAACAACUAGGCAUAAAUACAUCUAAUCUAAAUCUUCGUCAGCAGUACGAUAAUCAUGCUAACCUUCUUGGUCAUCACAAUAGCAAUUUGCUUCCUAAUAAUACUAAAUUAUCAAAGCCUAGAAGACUUAAAAAGGCAAUUGCUAAUGGAGAUCUUGUUUCUUCUUUAUCCUAUCAUUUCCGUAACACAAAUAACUAG